AUGGCUUCAAAUGACGACCUCGCAUUCAACACAACGCGCUGUAACCGCCUCCUGCGCCCUCUGCAAACCAAGCUCGCGAAGCUGCGCAAGGAGCUCGAGCGACCGAGAAGCCCCAACGAUGACCGAAGAAGCUCCGCGACUGCAUUCGCACUGAAAGCCUCGUCACGGAAGAUCAAUGUCACCCAACCUGCACGCAAGCCUCGCGGGCUCGAAAAACGAAAGGACCCGGAUUGGAUGCCCGAUGCUGGGUCAGGAGGUGCAACCAAGAAGACAUACGGAGGUCGGGGGUUAAAAAAGCCUUCUUCACGAAUAAGCUUACAUGGCGGAAGCGAUGCGCGCCCCGGUGCCAUUGCCUUCACACCACUGGUUACACGCACUGCCAACCGCUUCCAUGACAGCCCACAGCUUCACGACUCGCCUCUGAGAAAACGCAACAAUUACAGAGGGCCCUUACUUGCUAAGGUCAACGUACAAGGCCUCAAGACACAGAUGCCAGCCGAGAUUGGAACGUUGGUGAAGAGUCUGUCGGAGUCGUACGCAAAUCUACUGCAAGCGACGACCGCAGGUGAUGAGAAGAGGUGGAAUGGUACAAGAUCGCUGUUCAGCGCUUGUCUCAGGAGGCUGCCACAGUACAUUCAGCUGGAAGAACACUUCGCCGCGCUUGACAAAGAUGAUGAAAGUGAAGAUGAAGACACUGACGUCUCCCAAGAAGUCUAUUCAUAUCUCGAGCAGCUCUAUGAGAUAACACCGGGACAGGGCUGGCGUGGUUUCAAGCAAGUGGUUCGAGCACAUGGCACCCAGCUUUUGUGUGACGCAUUGGGGGCUCAAAUACUUGGGCUAGAGACUCUGCACCUGCUUGUCGUGCAUUGUCUCAAUGCGUCAGCAUGGGACGAGGCAGAGAAAUUCCUGUCAUCUUUUCUGCCAUGUCUGAAGCCUUUGCCCAUGCCUAACACGCUCUAUGCCAAUGUCUUCGACGAACAGCGUUCACUUUAUAUGUGGAUGGUGAAGGACUUUGUAGCUCGCACCGGCCGAUAUCGCUUCCUCUACGACCAUUUGGAGUACAUGAUAUCACAAGAGCUUCUUCCUUUGGAGUGGUUGGCGACCGAGUGCAUGCGACCAGUUUGGGACCGCCUGGUCCGCAGCCUAUCCGACGGCGAUCAGCGAAGUUCUGCUAGUGCUUUCCGCUUCCUAGAAACGACCAUGUUUGCUGGCAUAGGUCUGCCAGAUGAGAGCCUGUUCGAAGCGGGCGAGAUCGAUACCAUCGCGCGCCAAUACAAGCCCUCAUCAAGGCAGGAAUUCCGGGAUGCACUCGAUACUACCUUUUCCAGCUUGCUCACCGUGUUCUGCAGCAUAGCCCUCAUCAAUCAGUCUCGGGAAGAGUCUGCCGGCGCACUCACUGUGAAAAGAGUUGUCUGGGCACUUGACUCCAUAGUCAUCGACUUAGUCAAACGCAAAGACAUCCAGGAUGAUCUAGCUCUCCUUGGCCCGCUAGAGGAUCACAUGCAGCUGUUCGCGCAACGUGCAGUGUGGGCAGUCUUUGCCUCCUUCCUCGUGCAUCUAGAAGGCUGCCAACAGCAUGGAAACUUGCUGUCACUCGAUAUUGCCACAGUAGGAGGCGCGAUCCCUUGGAUUCUCUCUCAAUAUUCUUCCACGCAUAUCGACAACUCGCAGCUGUUAGGCACUUUGCCCGCAUUUGUGUCAGCCGCGGCACGCGGCACGGGCAGGUUCUGGAAGGACGAUGGUUUCGAUCAAAUUCGACGACUGGUGCAGGGCAUGUUGUCCAUCUCAGGCCUUCGUCUUCCGCAUAAGCUGUGGACGAUGAAACGGCUGGCGCUGGAGGCGGUUAUGGACUUUGCGCAGAGCACCAAUGAAGCCCAACACAUGGCAUAUGUUCGCGAGGUGGAACAAUCGAUGCGGAUGAAAGGUCAUGUGGUGAUUGCUCCAACGCCUCAGAAGACUGACUCACCGUCAGCUGUUGGUGGGUUCAGAUGGGAGGAAGGCAUAGGAGAGUGGGUGGCGUGCACGCCGUUUACUAAAGAGAGCAUGAAGCGUAUCUCGCGGAAACCGGUACCCACGUUGCAGCUCCUGCCAAGCCCUGAGCCAUCUGAUAUUGAAGAUGCUAAGGACAGCCUGACGGCGAUUUCAAUGGCUCCAGCACUGACGCCUUCCAACAAAAUCUCGAUGUGGGAAGCCUUGGCCGAGGAUGAGGAUGCAGAUGAUCACGUCCCUCAAUCCUCUCCAAUCAAGCAAACUACUCGUCGCUCCAUCUCCUGCCUUGGGAAGCGCACUCGUGCGUCUUCACCCAUGGUUGUCAUUCCUGCUAAGCGCAUGGUGAUGACACCACCCGAUACGCCUGUCCUUUUCUUCACCGAGCAGGACUUGAGUGACUUAGACGACGGUCCUCGAAGAUCUAAACGAGCGAAAAAGCAGAAGUACAACACCAUGUCAACACUUCGCUCACAGCGUUCGCGCUCUUCUCUCGAUACGGCCUUAAGGAACCUCAAGCGUCGGACAUACGUGGAGAUCGAGAACGUUGACCUGGAUCUGAUUGAAAGUAGCGAAAGCGAGGAGGAGAGCAAACGUAAUACUUCAUCUUCAUCGUCGAGCUCAUCGAUCGUGAGUCAACGUCUCGAGCUACGAACCGUGCGCUCGAUGCCUUCGUUGGUGAACAAGAAGAGAAGGGUUUUAAAGGAGGUUGCCGAUAUUAACAGCCAGCCAAGCAAGAUGCCGACAUUGAGAAGGCGGCGCAGUGGGAGACAGACCGUGAAAGGGGUGAAGGAGUGGUGGAAGGUGGAUGGUGGUGUUGUCAGUACCGAGGGAAGUGACGAUGAGCUGCGUCUUUAG